GCCUGCAGGUCGUCCUCAAGUCCAUCAUCAAGGCUAUGGCUCCGUUGCUGCAGAUUGGGUUGCUCGUCCUGUUCGCCAUUGUUAUAUUCGCCAUCAUAGGCCUUGAAUUCUACUCGGGUGCUCUCCAUAAAACCUGCUACAGUUUAGAAGACUUAGGUCAAAUAGUGACAGAAGGAGAGAUGCCAACACCAUGUAACACAGACAACGUAUCCUUUGCUCCAUCGGGUUCCUUCGUGUGUAAUUAUAACAUCUCCACCUGUUUGGAGCUCUGGGAUGGUCCCAACUACGGCAUCACGUCCUUUGACAACAUCGGCUUUGCCAUGUUGACGGUGUUCCAGUGCAUCACGCAAGAAGGCUGGACGUCCAUACUGUACUGGACAAAUGAUGCGCUCGGUAGCAAUUUCAACUUUCUCUACUUUGUGCCCCUUAUCGUUUUGGGGUCCUUUUUCAUGCUCAACCUAGUCCUUGGUGUGCUGUCUGGUGAGUUUGCUAAGGAGAGAGAGAGAGUAGAGAAUAGACAAGAGUUUUUAAAGCUUAGACGGCAGCAGCAAUUAGAGAGAGAGUUGAAUGGCUAUGUCGAGUGGAUAUGUAAAGCAGAGGAGGUAAUAUUAGCAGAGGAACGUACUACAGACGAAGAAAAAGCUCAUAUAAUGGAAGCCCGGAGGAGAGCGGCGGCCAAGAAGAAGAAACUGAGACAUCUCGGGAAGAGUAAAAGCACCGAUACAGAAGACGAGGAGAACGAGGCAGAGGAUGAGGAUGGUUUGUCGAGAGCUUCCUACUUAAAAAACAAAGUGAAGAAACAAGGUGCCUGUCAGAAUUUUUGGAAAGCAGAAAAAAGAUUAAGAUUUGGCAUCAGGCGAACCGUAAAACAACAGUGGUUCUACUGGUUCGUUAUCAUCCUGGUGUUCCUCAACACAGCUUGCGUGGCUGCCGAACAUUACGGCCAACCCGACUGGCUCACUAAAUUUUUGUACUAUGCAGAAUUUAUAUUUCUAGGUCUAUUCAUAACUGAAAUGUUUGUAAAAAUGUACGCCCUGGGGGCAAGAAUAUACUUCGAGUCCUCGUUCAACCGGUUCGAUUGCGUCGUCAUCAGCGGGUCCAUCUUUGAGGUCGUCUGGUCGUCCUUCAAGUCUGGCUCCUUUGGUCUGUCGGUGCUUCGAGCCCUGCGUCUCUUGAGGAUAUUCAAAGUUACAAAGUACUGGGCCUCCCUCCGUAACCUGGUGAUCUCACUGCUGAGUUCGAUGAGGUCUAUCAUCUCUCUGUUGUUCCUGCUCUUCUUGUUCAUCCUCAUCUUCGCCCUCCUUGGUAUGCAACUCUUCGGAGGCUCCUUCAACUUUCCCGAAGGAACUCCGCUCGCUAACUUCAACACUUUCGCCAUCGCUCUCCUAACAGUGUUUCAGAUUCUCACGGGUGAGGACUGGAACGAGGUCAUGUACAAUGGUAUCGCCUCACAGGGUGGUAUUAAGUCCGGCAUGAUCUACAGCCUUUAUUUCAUCAUCUUGGUGAUCUUCGGUAACUACACUCUCCUAAAUGUGUUCUUGGCUAUCGCCGUCGAUAACUUGGCAAACGCGCAGGAACUCACGGCGGCUGAGGAGGAGCAGGAGGAAGAAGAUAAGGAGAAGCAGCAAGCCGAGCUGGAGAAGGAGCUGGAGGCGCUGCAGAACAACGCAGAAGGGCCGCCCAAGGUGGAGAUCUGCCCUCCGUCUCCCGGCGGGGAAAACAAGAUGAACAGCAAGCGGGAUGGCGGGAAAGAUGACAAGGAAGCGGAGAGCGAGAACCAGGAGGAAGAUAUGGGGGGACCUAAGCCUAUGUUACCGUACUCUUCCAUGUUUAUCCUCUCGCCCACCAACCCAAUUCGGAGAGCGGCGCAUUGGGUAGUGAACCUCCGCUACUUCGAUGUGUUUAUCAUGAUCGUCAUCACACUGUCUAGUAUCGCUCUCGCCUCAGAAGACCCCGUCAGAGAGGACUCUGAGUGGAACGCUAUCCUCAACUACUUUGAUUAUGCCUUCACCGGAGUUUUUGCCAUAGAGAUGAUUCUGAAAGUUAUAGACUUAGGGGUGAUAUUCCAUCCUGGGUCCUAUCUCAGGGAUAUUUGGAACAUAAUGGACUCCGUGGUUGUCAUAUGUGCGGCCGUAUCCUUUUGUUUUGAUAUGAUGGGAAGCAGCACAGGCCAGAACCUGAGCACCAUCAAGUCACUGCGAGUGCUGCGUGUGCUGAGGCCCCUCAAGACCAUCAAGCGGGUACCCAAGCUGAAGGCGGUGUUCGACUGCGUCGUCAACUCCCUCAAGAAUGUGUUCAAUAUUCUCAUAGUGUACAUACUGUUCCAAUUCAUCUUCGCUGUUAUUGCUGUACAACUGUUCAAUGGAAAGUUUUUCUACUGCACCGACGAGAGUGUACAUACAAGAGAUGAAUGUCAGGGAGAAUACUUCGUCUUCGAAGGGUACGACCGGCCGCCUGAGGUUAGGCCGAGAAAGUGGAACCAACAGAGCUUCCAUUACGAUAACGUGAUGGCCGCCAUGCUGACCCUCUUCGCCGUCCAGACAGGCGAGGGUUGGCCUCAAGUCCUCCAGAACUCCAUGGCGGCGACGUACGAGGACCACGGACCACAGCCUCAGGUCGCCGUCGAAAUGUCCAUCUUCUAUAUCGUGUACUUCAUCGUGUUCCCUUUCUUCUUCGUGAACAUCUUCGUCGCUUUGAUCAUCAUCACGUUCCAAGAGCAAGGAGAGGCUGAGCUUCAAGACGGAGAGCUCGACAAGAACCAGAAAUCGUGCAUAGACUUUGCAAUUCAGGCCAAGCCCCUUGAGCGGUAUAUGCCAAAGGACCGCUCCAGUGUAAAGUACAAGAUAUGGAGAGUCGUCGUCUCAACCCCCUUUGAAUAUUUUAUCAUGUUACUUAUCGUGUUCAAUACACUUCUCCUCAUGAUGAAGUAUUACCAAGCGGGAAAUCUCUACAUGGACAUUCUGGGAUACCUCAACAACGUUUUCACCGUUUUCUUUCUGCUUGAAUGUGUUUUGAAAAUUAUAGCGUAUGGAUGCAGGAAUUUUUUCAAGGAUCCCUGGCACACCUUCGACUUCAUCACCGUCAUUGGGUCCAUCAUCGACGCUCUCGUGGUGGAAUUCGGGGAAAACUUCAUCAAUGUUGGGUUUCUAAGACUGUUUCGAGCUGCCCGUCUUAUAAAGCUUCUUCGGCAAGGCUAUACCAUUCGUAUUCUACUAUGGACAUUCGUACAGUCCUUCAAAGCGCUGCCCUAUGUUUGUCUCCUCAUAGCAAUGUUAUUCUUCAUCUAUGCUAUUAUCGGCAUGCAGGUCUUUGGUAAUAUAGAUUUGGAUCCCACUACGUCUAUAACACGGCACAACAACUUUAGAAAUUUUGCAGAGGGCAUAAUGCUUCUGUUCAGAUGUGCCACGGGUGAAGCGUGGCAGAGCAUCAUGCUGUCUUGCAUCAAGGGACGCCCCUGUGACCCCGACGCCCUGAAGAACAACUCCAUGAAGACGUGUGGAUCAAAUGUCGCUUACAUGUACUUCGUGACUUUCAUCUUCCUCUGCUCCUUCUUGAUGUUAAACUUGUUCGUGGCUGUCAUUAUGGACAACUUCGACUACCUGACGAGAGACUCCUCCAUCCUGGGCGCCCAUCACCUCGACGAAUACAUCAGAAUAUGGGCGGAAUACGACCCGAACGCCACAGGAAGAAUACACUACACAGAGAUGUACGACAUGUUAAGAAACAUGGACCCCCCCUUAGGCUUCGGCAACAAGUGUCCGUAUCGGUUAGCUUACAAGAAACUCAUACGGAUGAACAUGCCGUUGGACGAUGAGGGGAAGGUCCACUUCACCACCACGCUCUUUGCGCUCAUCCGUGAGAACCUGUGUAUCAAGAUGAGGCCCGCGGAGGAGAUGGACCAGGCGGACAUGGAACUGAGGGCCACCAUCAAGAAACUGUGGCCACUCCAAGCCAAAAAGAAUCUUGACUUCAUAGUGCCUCCAGAUGAUGAACUUAAAUACGAGAAACUGACAGUGGGUAAAAUCUACGGGGCGCUACUCAUCCUGGAAAACUGGCGGACGACCCGUUUCGGCCAGAUCCAACCCACGGGAGGCCUGGAAAGAGCACCAGACUCCCCGAUAGAUGCGGUGGGGCUGGAGCUGGCCGAGGUAGUGCAAGCGGCGUCCCGACGGGGCUCCCUGGCCUCGGACGACGGCGGGAGACACCUCCGGCCGGACGAGUACCCCGUCAGCCGGUAUCGGUCGCGCUCGCCGUCGCCCUCGCGUGGCUUCCAGUCACCCACGCCCCCGCACAGACGGCUAAGAUCUCCGACGCCCAACAGGAGGAGCCCGUCGCCCCGUCGGCCAGGCCAGCCACACGACGUCGGCUUCAGCGACGCCGUCAGCGACUUAGUGGACCUCGUCAAGCACGACCACGGCCACAAGCGAGGUAGGCUCCGAGGCAAAAUGCACGACGACUUCGGCAUGAUGUCUCCGGUGCGGGGUCGCAGUCCCAGCCGCCGCCGCGAGCCGUUCCCGGCCCGGCCCUGGGGCGUGAGGGACAUCCGCUCGGAGUCCAACAGUCCGGACCGCCACUACAUCCCCACGCGGCUGGACGCCCGCUCGCGCAGCCCCUCGCCGCACUCAGGGCUCGCCGGGACAGCAGCGCGCCGCGGCCGGACGCUGGAGUACUACGGCACGGCCUCGCUAGACCGGCGGUCGCGCAGCCCCUCGCCGCACCGGCGGGCGGGCUCCAGCUACCCGACCAUCCCGCAACGGCGGGGCGGCGGUCGUCGGUUGCCUGCCACACCCAACAAACCCUCUACACUCCACCUGGGCCCCCAGCCCCAGGGCGCGGGCCACGCGGGACCCAGCCACCACACUCUCCCAGGGGCUAAAUCCCCCACUAGAUCUCAGCCCAUUAACUUCCCCAAGCUGAACGCCUCGCCUACGCAUGUGCCCAAGUUAGAAAUGCCUCCGGUGUUCCGCGAGCGAAGGACUCCACCAGUGACAGAGGGGAGCGCUCGCCCCCGAGGGCCCCCGCAGGGGAUCAUUCCCCAAGGGGCACUCAGGCGGCCGCCCAUGGCGCCCAUUAGAGACCAAUAUCCGUAUGAGCGGCGGCCAGAAGAGCCACUUAGUUUCGAACAGGCGGCUGCCUACGCGCGAGGCCCCCGGCGUCAGCUGCCCUCACCAGCAGUGCCUAACGGGUACAAGCCAGGGCGGGACCGUGCAGUGACGCGGCUGCCCGCCCCUGGGGUUGGGGGGGGAGGGGCGGGGCCUCAGCGGAAGGGGGCCCAGGGGGAGCGACAUAGUGACAGUGAUGAGGACGACUGGUGCUAG